AAAAGUGAUAUUUAUUCAGAGAUAUUAAGAUGGUUUUAAUGGAAAUCGUUUGUAUAUAUUUAAUUCGAUAUUAUGACGAUAUUAUCGAGCCAUGUAUUUCAAUUCGUAUAAACAUUCUAACCGUCUCUAUACAAUACUGUACGCAUUGAAAUUAUUCGAAAUUAACAGAGGUUUAAAUUAUCGUACAGUUCCUGGUUCUAUAUGCAACGCGUUACGAUGCUUCAUGAUGUCAAUGCAAAAAAUAACGUAUUCAAUUCGCCUAGCAGCUUAUUCCUGUUCGAACUUUAAUAAGCCAAGUAUAAAAUGCUAAUAAGUAUUAAUGUUGCUAAGUAUUAAUGUUCACCGAAUGUUUUCGCAAAUGAUUCGACUGCACAAUGAAAUACAAGGUCAGCAUUAUUAUCGUUUGGAAAUCAUCGAUUCGAUUAGCUGAUGUACUAUGCAGCUCAUAGGGAAGGAUACUCGAAAUAGGGCCAUCUCCGUUUCUUUCUCGUUCACAGUCAGAUAAAUUUUUUGUAUAAUUAUGGAGAAAGCGGGAGAAAGUUUUCUAUGUCUCUCGACAUUCAACUUUAUCCGGCGCGAUACAAGCGAGCCCACUUCUUCAAAGACUGUUCUCGGCUCGACACGUGCGCUAUAAUUUUCGAACGAUCUCUCGAUCGUUUAUCGAUCGGUCGAUUCCUACGGAGUUCCAUGAUUUAUGACCCAGCGUUUUCGAGAAAGAAGUUUCGAGGCUGGUGUUCGAUUCACCUGUAAAUUUCGCGCGAGCUUCAAUUCGCGCGAUCGCGUUUGAACCGACUGCGCGUCGUCGAAUUCAUCGAAACACGAGAAGAGUUCAUUAAAAUGCUACGUUGACGUGCAGUGUCAGAACUUCACAAUCGAUAUAUCAGCGGGAGGGCUAAUAAGGCAGUCAAAAAAUUUGUUUUCUGGAGAUAAUAAUUAACUAUGGACACGAAGGAUUUCAUUGACUUCGGAAAGGCUGUUAUCGAUUUUGUGGCAAACUAUACCGAGACCAUAAGAGAUAGAAAUGUUCUUCCGGAUGUCGAGCCGGGUUAUCUCAGUGAAUUGUUACCGGAGGAGGCACCUGAAAAAGCAGAAACUUGGCAAGAAGUGUUGGAUGAUGUACAGAAGUACAUUAUGCCGGGGGUGACUCAUUGGAACUCGCCUCAUUUCCAUGCGUUUUACCCAACGGCAAACUCUUAUCCCGCUCUUGUCGGAGACAUCGUGUGCAGUGGAAUCAGUUGCAUCGGAUUUUCAUGGCUCGCCUCGCCUGCAUGCACCGAGCUUGAAGUCAUUACGAUGAACUGGCUCGGAAAAUUAAUUGGAUUACCAAAGGAGUUCCUGAAUUGCGACGAAGGUCCCGGUGGAGGCAUUAUACAGGGAUCAGCAAGCGAAGUUACCUUCUUAUGUUUAUUAGCAGCAAAGGAACAAACAACACGUCGCAUAAAACAGCUUCAUCCUGAGUGGGACGAAAGCUUCAUCAAAUCGAAAUUAGUUGCAUACACGUCUGAUCAGUCGAAUUCAUCGGUUGAAAAGGCAGGGAUAUUGGCGUCGGUGCCGAUGAAACUUUUGCCAACCGACGAAAAAUGCUCUCUUCGAGGUGAAACAUUACUGAAAGUAAUCGAAGACGACUUGGAGAAAGGUCUGAUACCAUGUUAUGCGGUGGCCACUUUGGGUACCACUGGCACCUGUGCUUUCGAUAACCUUGAGGAAUUGGGUCCCAUAUGCAACGAACACAACGUAUGGUUCCACGUAGACGCCGCUUAUGCAGGUGCCGCAUUCGUAUGUCCCGAGUAUCGACAUUUAAUGUCCGGCGUCGAGUAUGCCGAUUCUUUCAAUAUGAAUCCACAUAAAUGGCUCCUUGUAAAUUUCGAUUGUUCAGCGCUUUGGGUGAGGGACUCUAGACGACUGAUCGAAUCGUUUAGCGUAGAUAGAAUUUAUUUAGCUCACGACAAACAAGGAUUAGCUCCAGAUUAUAGGAAUUGGCAGAUUCCUUUGGGACGGCGUUUCCGUUCCUUGAAACUGUGGUUCGUCCUGCGACUUUAUGGUGUUGAAGGACUGCAGGAGCACAUAAGGCGGACAUUACGAUUAGCACAAAUGUUUGAGCAGUAUGUCAAGUCCGAUAAUCGAUUUGAAUUGGUGAUCGCGAGAUCCAUGGGUUUGAUUUGUUUCAGACUGAAGGGCGAUGACAAAUUGACCAAGGAGUUAUUAAGCCGUUUGACAGUCGAGAAGAAAAUUUAUGUGGUACCAGCGACGUUUCGCGAGAAGUUAAUCGUUCGUUUCGUAGUGUGCAGCAGAUUGAGCCGAGAAGAGGACAUUGCGUUUGCGUGGAACGAGAUUACGAAACAGGCAACGGAAAUUUUAAGAUCGCCAGAGGAGCCAUUAAUAUCUUCCGCGAAAUCUGCCACUGAAAUUGCGACGAGGAUAGAACGUAUGAAUUUGGAAACGAAAUCGCCAAAAAUAUCGUAAUAUUCGUUCAUUUAAAUUUCAUUGCAAAUAUGGAGCACAGAUGAUUGUUGCUGCUUCUGCUAUAAGGCACAGGGUAAAAUCAGGCACGUAUUAUCUGCCCAUGAAAGUACAAUAACAAGAAAGUAUAACAGGCGCUAUCUAUGCGAAACAGCUGGAAACUGCCACCAAAUUUAAUUCUGUUAAAAAUAUCAGAUGGGAUCACUGUACAUUUUUAAAGUAUAUUAGGUUUAUGACCAGUGGUGCCAUAUAUUGACUGAAUUAGUAUUAAGUUUGGUAGAUGUUCUCAGCCAUUUCGCCUAGAUGCCGCGUAUUAUUCUUUCUCAGAAAACAUUUGCAGUUGGUAAAUUUGUUUAACAGUUUAAGCGUUCUGUCAAAUUGUUAAAUGGCGCUGUACCGAAAAAAUUUCAAGAUUUUGCCAUGAGAGACGCUGCCGUUUGUUGCCAGGAGCAGAUUAUUCGGGUCGGAAUGUAGAUUGUGUUUUAUUGUAAAAGCGGCAAGAAUCAUCUGUUCACUAUAUAUAUAUAUAUAUACACAAACAAAUUUUUGUUGGAUGAAGCUAAUGCAGUAGAGUCUCCUGAAAAUGUCUGUAUAUUCAAAAUGUUUAACAGAAAUGUAGAACUUUAGUUGAAUUGAAAUUAAUGUGUCGGAUGAUUAGAGGCAUUCUGGAUAAUCGGAGCUCUACAUUAAAUUAAUCGUGCAGUAGAAUCUGUAGAUUAUCUUCCUUUUGCUAAGAGUUUCUUUAUUCGAAACGGUAGAACAUAGUUCUAUUACGUUCACAGUGUUAUAUAGGUGUAUAAUUAGCAGCGAAGUACGAAGUACUUUUCAGAAAAAUUCUUUCUACUUUUGUAUAUUUACAAACUUAAAAACUACAGAUUUUACACUUACAAUUAGGUUUAAUAAAUAAUUCGUGUUUUAAGAUCGAAAAGAACGAAAUUGUGCGUAAUGUAACUUAAGUAUUGUACACUGUAAUAUCAUAAGGAAAUGAUUUUGCAGAGUAAUGUUCAAAAUAAAUUCUAACUGUAUUCUUUCA